CGGCGGCUGCCGAGAUUGGAAUCCGCCUGCUGGCCCGGGCCGAAGGAGGAGGGCGGGGAGGGCGGGCAGGAAGGCUCGGGCUCCGGCGGGGCCGUCGGCGCGAGACAAGGAUCGCACGGCCGCGCGAGAGGCGACGGGCCGGGGCCGCUGCACGCCGAGGGCGGAGGCCGAGCCGGGCCCCGCGGCGCUCCCAGGCGGCUCGCUGCGCGCACCCCGCUCCGCGCAGAGGGGCUGGAGGAUGAGUUCCCCGGGGUCCGGAUUUAUGAAAAUAUGCAUCAGUUUAAUACUGUCUUGGAAUUCAUGAGGUGGAAGCAUAGGUCAAAGCUGUUUGGAGAAAUUUGGAAACACAAUUUUAUCUAGCUCUGAGUUUAUGCUGGUGUCCUAAAGGAGUGUUUUUAAAUUUUCCUUACAUCAUUGUUAAUGCAUGUGGAAAUGCAAAAUGGUAAACUCAUAUGAAGGAGUCAGGAGAAAGCAGUAGAAUUUGGAGUCCUUGUCAAGUGAUUGAGGCCUUUUCCAAGAAAAUCUUAUUGAAUGAAAGUCACUUAAAUUUCUGGAAUAACAAGACCAGUUAUCAGAGUUACAGUGUACAGGAAACAUUAAAAAUUGAACAAUGACUCAGCUAUAUAUUUACACCAGAUUAUUGGGAGCCUAUCUGUUUAUCAUGUCUCACGUUGAAGGGCAGAAUCUAGAUGGUAUGCUUCAUGGGACGGGGAUGAAGUCAGACUCCGAUCAGAAAAAGUCAGAAAAUGGAGUUACCCUAGCACCAGAGGAUACCUUGCCUUUUCUAAAGUGCUACUGCUCAGGACAUUGCCCAGAUGAUGCUGUUAAUAACACAUGCAUAACUAAUGGGCAUUGCUUUGCCAUCAUAGAAGAAGAUGACCAGGGAGAAACCACAUUGGCUUCAGGGUGUAUGAAAUAUGAAGGAUCUGACUUCCAGUGCAAGGAUUCACCAAAAGCUCAGCUACGAAGGACGAUAGAAUGUUGUCGGACCAAUUUAUGUAACCAGUAUCUACAACCUACACUGCCCCCUGUUGUUAUAGGUCCAUUUUUUGAUGGCAGCAUUCGAUGGCUGGUUGUGCUCAUUUCUAUGGCAGUCUGCAUAAUUGCUAUGAUCAUCUUCUCUAGCUGCUUUUGUUACAAGCAUUAUUGUAAGAGCAUCUCAAGUAGACGUCGUUACAAUCGUGAUUUGGAACAGGAUGAAGCAUUUAUUCCAGUUGGAGAAUCGUUAAAAGACCUUAUUGAUCAGUCACAAAGUUCUGGUAGUGGAUCUGGACUACCUUUAUUGGUUCAGCGAACUAUUGCCAAACAGAUUCAGAUGGUUCGGCAAGUUGGUAAAGGCCGAUAUGGAGAAGUGUGGAUGGGUAAAUGGCGUGGUGAAAAAGUGGCUGUCAAAGUGUUUUUCACCACGGAAGAAGCUAGUUGGUUUCGAGAAACUGAAAUCUACCAAACUGUGCUUAUGCGUCAUGAGAAUAUUCUUGGUUUUAUAGCAGCAGACAUUAAAGGCACAGGUUCCUGGACUCAGCUCUAUUUGAUUACUGAUUACCAUGAAAAUGGAUCUCUCUAUGACUUCCUGAAAUGUGCUACACUAGACACCAGAGCCCUGCUCAAAUUGGCUUAUUCAGCUGCCUGCGGUCUGUGCCAUCUCCACACAGAAAUUUAUGGCACCCAAGGAAAGCCUGCAAUUGCUCAUCGAGACCUAAAAAGCAAAAACAUCCUCAUCAAGAAAAAUGGUAGUUGUUGUAUUGCUGACCUGGGCCUUGCUGUUAAAUUCAACAGUGAUACAAAUGAAGUUGAUGUACCCUUGAAUACAAGGGUUGGUACCAAACGCUACAUGGCUCCAGAAGUGCUAGAUGAAAGCCUGAAUAAAAACCAUUUCCAGCCCUACAUAAUGGCUGACAUCUAUAGCUUUGGCUUGAUCAUUUGGGAAAUGGCCCGUCGUUGUAUCACAGGAGGGAUAGUGGAAGAGUACCAGUUGCCAUAUUACAACAUGGUACCCAGCGAUCCUUCAUAUGAAGAUAUGCGUGAGGUUGUGUGUGUCAAACGUUUGCGGCCAAUUGUGUCUAACCGAUGGAACAGUGAUGAAUGUCUACGAGCAGUUUUGAGGCUAAUGUCAGAAUGCUGGGCCCACAAUCCAGCCUCCAGACUUACAGCAUUGAGAAUCAAGAAGACACUUGCUAAGAUGGUUGAAUCCCAAGAUGUAAAGAUUUGACAGUAAAUCACGAGGAGAAAUUCUAGACUGCAAGAACUGUUUCACCCAAGGAACAGGUGGAAUUAAAGUGGAAUAAGGAUGUUAACUUGGUUCUCAGACUCUUUCCUCACUACACCUUCACAGGCUGCUAAUACUAAACCUUUCAAUACCCUGUAGACUACAAGCUGGGAACUUAUGAACGCUUCAUUCUUUAUAUAUGGACGGUUUUAUUUUAAAUGUGGUUUUCGAUGCCUUUUUUUUUUAUUUGGAUUUUUAUGAACUGCAUCAAGACUUCCAUCCUGAUUAGUAAGUCUCCAUUCAAACUCUGGGUACUGAAUUGCCUGUUCAUAAAAUGGUGCUUUCUGUGAAAGCCUUAAGAAGAUAAAUGAGUUCAGCAGAGACGGAGGAAUUAUAUACUUUGCCUUCUACCUGAGAAAAUGUAAUCUAUCUGUAUUCUACCUUUGUAAAACAACUUGUAGAUUAUGAUCUGUUUGGGAUACUGCUUAGUUUAUGAUAGUUUGUCAUGCCUUGAUAAUGGUGUGGGUGUGUGUGUGCACAAACACAGGUGCACAGCAGAAUUCCUCUGCUGCCAUUUGAAUUAGAAGAAAAUUUAUGAAUGCACAGGAAGAUAGUGGUGGCUGGUGGUUUUGUGCUUUAAAAAUGCAAUAUCUGACUAAGAUUUGCCAAUCAUGUAAAAGCCAUUUACCUUGCAGGUGAGAUCAGCUUCCCCACCAACCUUAUUUUUUAACAUAAAAGUUGAUAGAAAGAAAGGCCAAAAGAAGUUUAAAAUGUCCAUAAAUUUGGACUUUGUUUUCCUCCCUCCACCAUCUUUUUUGCAGGGGUGGAGGGUGGUAAUUAUUAUUUUUAUCUCAUGGAAAGCAUCCUGUCCAAAGUUGGAACACCAAUGCCAUGAACCUUCUGAAGCAGACACUUCUUAUUGAAGUGAAUUCCUGCAUUUGAUAGCAAUGUAAGUGCCUAUAACCAUGUUCUGUAUUCUUCAUUUUCAGUAACUUUUAAAAGGGAAGUUAUUUAUAUUUUGUGUGUAAUGUGCUUUAUUUGCAAAACUCCUGUCCUUUACAAUCAUAUUUUGUAUAUAGACAAACAUUCAUAUUAUUCAGCACUUCACAUCCCAUCCUUAAGGGAAGAAAAUUAAAAGAUCAUCAGAAAAAAAUAUUAUAAAGUAGAAUGAUACAUGAAUUUUCAGAAUGAAUGCAUUCAAAGUAGUAUAUCGAAUCCAGAACUUUGUUUUGUUAAAAUAUACUCAAGGCAAAACUUUCAUUAAGAUAUCAUCUCAGUUUUCCUUCAUGAAAGUAACCUCUAAUUGGAAAUUCAUCUUUCAGAGCUUAUAUAAAUUUGUCAAUUGUUAAAUAUGCUUUAGACAUCUAAAUCAUUUGAGAUUUUUGGUUUUAUUUCUGUUCCAUAACUUAUAAAGAAAAUGAAGUGUCAGGCAAAACAAAAUUCAGUUAUCUAUUCAUUAUCGUAUCUACACUGUAUAGAUGUUAUUCAAUAAAAUGCUAACAUAUUUUAUAGAUGCCUUGUUAUCCCAAGGAAUAUUUCUGGUUUACUUAAAGCUAUUACACUUCUGCAGUGCCUUUUAAGUGUCAGUGCCCUAUUCUAACAAACAACUUAUGGGUGCAUUGAGGUUGACAAUUUUCUCUGAAUACAAAAUAAAUGUGAUUAUAUCACAACAUAGUCAAAAAGCAUUAUGUUAAAGGAGGGGAUAUCAGAUCAUUUAUAUUGUGUGUACAUCAGAUUUGUGACUGACUUGGAAGGAUUUAACAGUUUUGACUAAGUUUGAUAAGUUUCAUUUAACAUCAUUAAAGCUUGAAGUAUUCAUCAGGAGAAUUAAAUUUGCAUAUUGGUAGUAUCCAAUAACUUGCUCUUUCAGACUAUUUUACCCCAUCUCUCUACUGAGAAAUACAGUUAUUAUAACCUAAAUUCCCAUGUGAUUUGUGAAUACUAUGAGUUCUUACUUAGUCUAAGUUGACCUUGAUUUAUUUUUUACUUGAUAAGCUAUAAUCUUGAAAAUCAUGUAUUUUAAUAAAAGAGCAGAUAUGUAAGGAAAGGUAAACUUUCCUCUUAGAAAUUUUUAAAUGGCAUGUAAAAGCAACAGAUUACAGAUAAAUAUGUAACUAAAGACCACUAUAAAAAUUUUUCUAAUUAACUUGGUCUAGUAAAAGUGAUAUGAAUAAUAAUUUUAAGUUCAUCCAGUAGGCGAAAUAUUUAAAGAAUAUGCGAGACCAGGAAGGGGGAGUAUAUACUUACGUAUUACCAUAGUUAAUAGUUUUAAAAGCCUGAAAGCCAUUAUUUGGAGCCACUUAUAGAUUAGCAUUUUUUAAAUGUGUGUCCUCUGUCAGUCAUCCUUUAAAUAAUUAAAGCAUAAAAACAUGAAAAGCAAAACUGGCUGAAUGUAAAUAACAAAAUCCUCAAAUGAAAAUUCUCCUCAUACUGGCAAAUAUCUCCAGAAUUAAAGGCACAUUAGGAUUGUCUUCAAUUUGUUUAUUCUAAGUUUUUACUCUGCUUUCUUAAUAAACAAGUUUCUUACGUUGAGAAUUUGAA